AUGAAAAUCGCACUUGUCAUAUUCGCGUCCUUGGCCGGUUCUGCCUUGGCGGUGCCAUUUUCCAGUCUGGGCAGCAAAGGCUCCCAGGCCUUGAAUAGUGCAGAUAUCCAGGAACCUUGCGAAGAUGCGUCCAAUAAGGCUGGGGACCAAUGCCGUAAGAAUGGGAUUCUGGACUGGUGGGAAUGUUUUCCCCUCCUGCAAGAUGCCGUCAUGGGGUGCUUCGUGGACCUCGACAAGCUUCCCGGAACGGACGAAGCUAUUCAUCAACAAUGCCGCACCGAGGUUGUCAAGGCUCGAGCCUGCCAUGACGUGAUCAAUAAUAGAUAUAAAGAUCCUUGGGAAAAAUGUCGAAUUGGACAGAUGAAAGUCUACCAGGACUGCACCAAUCCCCUCAAAAAGAUCUGGGAAGAUUUCUGCGAAGCGGAAUACAAGAAUACUGGCAAGGAAUGCAGCAAGAGCGAAGAUGAAUGCAAAAUUGCCGAGAUGGAUGCCGCCGCACGAUGUUUGGUAGACUACAGCAAGUCUCCCGAAACAAGCAUCGCUAUUCAUCAGCAAUGCCGCGCCGAGGCUGUCAACACCGCCAAAGUCUGUGAAUUUCCCAAAAGGGACCUUAACACAGAGAUAUGUGCUGGAAAACUGGUGGAAGCCUACCAGGACUGCGCCAAAACGGCAUCGACGGCAUCCGGGCAGGGCUCCGUGUGCACCCCAGCCUCUAUGCAAGACAUGCCAGGAAUCCAUUUAGGCGGAACGGGACCCCAGGAAUGA